UGCAACAAUAGAAGCUUAGUUUUCAAAUUGUGAAGACGUUCGCGCGUAAAUUCUAUACGCAGUGUUUAUUUCGCUCCCUCUUGAGGCAACAAGUUGUCUCUGCUCGUGUUCGGAAGUCAUUGAUUGCUAUCAGUAUUCGUCAAAUCUCGCAUCUAGGGGAGAAAUAGAUGUAUUGAAUUUGCAGCACCAAAAAAUAGAAGAUUAUUGUCGAAUUUUCAAUAUUUUUAUCGGUGCAGCUACGGAUAAUGUCCUGAAAGAUAUUUUAAUCUCUAUUUAUCAGGAAUUAUGGAAUCUUUACCAACUGAUAGAAUCGAAAUUAGAUGAAUCAGAUCUCAAUUUAUAUGUAUGUCCUGUGCAAAGAAAUGGUUUUGGACGUCCUAGAUACGAAAUCAAUCAAGAACAAAUAUGUUUUUUGAGAGGUUCAGGACUUAGUUGGCAACAAAUUUGUCGUAUUCUCAAUGUGUCUAGGAGAACACUAUACCGUCAUAGGCAAUUAAUGUGCAUUCCUGAACCUCGAAAAGUAACCACUGAUGAGGAAAUUGAUAUUGUCAUACAGGAAAUAUUAUCAAUGACUCCUAAUGCUGGUGAAGUGUAUAUUAUGGGUGGUGUUAAGUCUCGAAAUAUUCAUAUUCCUAGAUGGCGAUUGAGGGAGAGAUUGCAUGCUCUUAAUCCUUCAGGAACUGCUCUAAGGAGGAGCAGUACAAUUUGUAGAAGAGUUUACAGGGUUAAAGGUCCAAAUUAUCUUUGGCAUAUGGAUUCCAAUCAUAAGCUAACUAGUUUUCGUUUCGUUUUCCAUGGAGCCAUUGAUGGUUUCAGUAGGUGCAUUAUUUAUCUGAAAUGCCUCACAAAUAAUACAUCUAAUAGUGUCCUGCACUUGUUUGAAGAGGGGGUAAGAGAGUUUGGACUUCCAAGUAGGGUAAGAGGUGAUCAUGGAACAGAAAAUAUUCUGGUAGCAGAAUUUAUGCUACAAAGAAGAGGUUGUAAUAGAGGAAGUUUUAUAACAGGGAGGUCUGUUCACAACCAGAGAAUAGAGAGACUUUGGGCAGAAGUGAAUAGAGUGGUAACUAAGCCUUUCAAGGAGUUAUUCAUAUCGAUGGAGGAUGAAGGGAUUUUGGAUGAGCUGGACGAAGUCGAUCUAUUUGCCUUGAAGUCUGUUUAUUUACCAAGAAUUCAAGCAAGCUUGAAAGAAUUCACAUAUCAGUGGAAUUGUCAUGGUCUUAGUACAAUGAGAAGUUUUUCUCCUAUACAAUUGUGGCAGAUUGGAAUGAUUCGAAACCACCCAGCAGAAGAGGAAGAUCCAGACUAUAUGGAAAAUCCAGAUUUAUAUGGAAAUGAUGUUGAUGGUCCAUUAGUACCUAUCAUCACUCGAAAUAACAUCAUCAUUCCACAACCAGAUGCUAAUCUUCUACAAAUUGAAGCAGAAAUUAGUUCUAUUCUCCCAGACCCACUCUCAGAUGAUGGAAGGCAUGGUGUUAACCAUUAUAUGAAUGUUCGCAGCUACUUGAGGAAUCUCCUAAAUCAAAGAAAUAUUUAGAAUUUUUAUUGCAGGUUCUAGAUACUAGGUAUUCACUUUUAUGAAAGCAGUCGGAUGGCUUUGGCCAUUUUCCAUGUAACAUUUCUGUAACUAGAAUAGAGUAAGGUUGGCACACAUAAAAUGUUGUUCAUUUCAAACCCACGUUGCCAAAACCAUAUGAAAUAAGAAAAAGUAUCAAGUGUUUUUUUGAAUUGGUAUCUGCCCAUCCUAAUAUUAACCCUGGUAUUAUUAUUAUAUAUGAGCUUGAAUACUUUUUGAUGCCUAAAAUUCUGUCCCUUCAAAUGAUUACCUACUACUGCAUUACUUUUGUGU